AUGAGUAAUAGCAUUGCUAAUGGCAACACCACACUGGAAAGUUCAACAAAAGGUUCAGCAAAGAUAUUUAAUGACCUUGUCGAAUCAUCUAAAAACCUACCAGCAACAUCCUCCCAAUUAGGUUCUAUUCAGCUAAGUGUAAACGAAAUUAAGCGUAGAGCGAUUGAAUUGAGGAAGAAAAAAAAUAUUGACAAUACCCUCACUAAAGCACACUACUUAUUAGCAGGUAGCGGCUUAGCAAUUGAAGAUGUCGAUUCAUCAUUGAAAAAUUUGCAAAAGAACGAACUUUCAGAAAGAAAGCUGACAAGUAAAUAUGUAGGUAACGAGAUUGAUACAUAUCUCCGAGUGAAGAAAGGAGAAAAUAUUUUAGCCUCCAUUGAACAGUUAUUAGCUGAUGCGUCGAGGGACUUCGAUGAUUAUGUUAAUCAAAGUUUAGAGUUAGAUUGGACAAAACGUAAGGAUGAAAUUAGAGAGACAUUCGGUAUUUUUGUCCCAGGAAAAAGCGAGAAUAAUUCCUUUGUUAAUAAGCCACUUUCUCCAUUAGAUCGUGUUUCACCUACCUGGGGGAAUUCAGGAAUAGGUAUCUUAAAUGGGGGGGAUUCGAGACUAAACGUUAAUAGUAAUCUUAUUACAAGAGAAAAGUUUGAAACUUAUGCAAAAAUAAUUCACCAGUUUAAUAACCAUAGGCAAGAGAACCGUCAAUUUCCAUUGAAUAGGGAGGUCAUUUCUAUUCUAUCGCACGCAGGUGAUACAAGAAACAGACAGUUAUUAGAAAGUUGGAAAAUAAUCGAGUCAAUAAAAGAUCCAAAAAAUACUAUCAAAGCAUCCAGGGAAUAUUUGGAAGUACAGUUUUUAGACUACGUCGAUGCUUUAUCAAAAAAUGCGAUUAGUGAAGGUCUACCAACAAACACUAACAAGGUCAGGUCAUUUAUUGACACUAAGCUCAAAAAUACAGAUGGUUCUUGGAAAAUUGCGAACCUAACUGUAAUCAACGGGUUGCCAAUUUGGGCCUCAAUUUUUUACCUGUUGAGAGCAGGUUUAAUGCAAGAAGCGUUAGACCUCGCCAUGACUAAUUCAUCAGGAUUCAAGAAAAUUGAACAAUCGUUCUUGACUUACUUUCAAGCGUAUAUUUCGUCACCAGAAAAUAAAUUACCAACUGAAUUUGCAACUAAAUUACACACUGAGUUUAACCAACACAUCAAAAAUUCUUUGAAUGGAGAUCCUUAUAGAUUGGCUGUUUAUAAAAUAAUUGGUAGAUGUGAUUUAACUAGGAGAAAUAUCUCUUUGGUUACUUUAAGUUUAGAAGAUUGGAUAUGGUACCAUCUAAAGUUGAUUAAAGAAGAUGUGAUAGACGAUGGUCCUAUUUAUGAAAAAUACCAUCUUGAAGACUUUCAAAAUAUUAUCCUUUCUUAUGGUCCGUCGAGGUUCACCAACUAUUAUAUUCCUGUUCUAAUAUUAUCAGGCCUUUAUGAAGUAGCUAUUGAUUAUGCAUAUAAUUUAAACGAGAUGGACGCUGUGCAUCUAGCGAUCGGUCUUGCAAAUAAAAAAUUAUUGCAUAUUACGACAAAUAUAUCCGAUACUUUAAUUGCUAUUGAGGAUGGGAGACGAAAGGUUAAUUUUGCAAAAUUAUUGGGAAACUAUACAAAAUCAUUCAAAUUUUCUGAUCCAAGAAUUGCCACUGAAUAUUUGAUUUUAAUUGCCAUUACGGAUGAUCCUGCAGAAAUCAAAAUUUGCCAUGAAGCGUUAAGAGAAUUAGUUUUAGACACCAAAGAGUUUGGGAUUUUAUUAGGGAAGAUCAAUAGAGACGGUACUAGAAUUCCAGGUGUUCUAGAAGAAAGACAAGAUUUACUAUAUCUAAAUGAUGAAAAAGAAUUUUUACGUGUUAUCACGGAACAAGCUGCGCAUAAGGCUGACGAAGACGGUAGAACACAAGAUAGUUUGUUAUUGUAUCAAUUAGCAGAAGAAUACGAUAUUGUUAUGUCUAUUGUAAAUGGACUACUGGGUAGCUUAUUAGGUGGUUCAGAUUUAACCCAGCCAUUGUUUACUAAAGACGAUAACUCAGAAACAAAUCCUGUGUUACUGGCAUCGAAAUUGAUUUCAAUUUAUAACAAUAACUUGGAAAUCGCGAAGAAAAUCCACGCCAAGAAUAAGGAAACGUGUUUAUUACUUCUACAAAUUGCAGAUAUUCGCAAGAGUUAUGCAGAAAACCAGUGGCAAUAUGCCUUAGGUCAAAUCGAGAAAUUGGAUUUACUACCAUUCACUGAUGGACAAGAUGCCAGGAGAAAAGCCCAAGCAUUUUCUGGGUUUGAUGAACCCAUUGUCAAAUGUAUCCCAAGCUUAUUAAUAAUGACGUUAACGUGUGUCUCAAAAUUAGUUAACGUCUUAAAUCAAAGCGACUAUAAAUCGGUCACUAAAUCGCAACAAAUUGAAUUUUUGAAGAAUAUUUCAAAAAAUUGUAUUGUCUAUGCUGGUAUAAUCCAAUUCAAAAUGCCUAGGGAGACCUAUAGUACAUUGAUCAGAUUAGAUGUCGAAUUAUGCUAA